UCCAGAGAAAUCCGCGGCAUCUCACGCAAACAUCCGUAGUUGAAAGUACCAAAGGAGCAAAGGCAUCCAAGCAGGAGGAAGCUCCACUGGGGCGUGGUUCUUCGUGAUCUUUACAUCUGUCACUUAGGGUCAAGGCGUGGGUCUUGCCCGCAGACCUUUGGGAAGACCCGCCCCAGUACAACCAUGAACUUGGAGCGAGUAUCCAAUGAGGAGAAGUUGAACCUGUGCCGGAAGUACUACUUGGGUGGGUUUGCUUUCCUGCCUUUUCUCUGGUUGGUCAACAUCUUCUGGUUCUUCCGAGAGGCCUUCCUUGUCCCAGCCUACACAGAGCAGAGCCAGAUCAAAGGCUAUGUCUGGCGCUCGGCUGUGGGCUUCCUCUUCUGGGUGAUUGUGCUCACCACCUGGAUCACCAUCUUCCAGAUCUACCGGCCCCGCUGGGGCGCCCUUGGGGACUACCUCUCCUUCACAAUACCCCUGGGCACCCCCUGACAACUUCUCCAUAGGCUAGGGACUUGUUCAUUCUUCCAGGAUGGGCUCCCCUGCUCUAAGCUCAGUCUCAAGCCCCAAAGAUUUGUUCCGAUCGCCCAUGAUCUCUGCUGACAUCCCCUAAUAAAGGACCUUAACUUUCGA